GCCCCGGCACACGCACACACAAGUGAUCGAGGCGCCGUCGUCGCAGCAAUAGCAUCGAACCAGAGAUCGAGCCGUCGAGGCAGCGAUCGAUUCGAUCCGCCGAUCACGCGGAGGCAGCAGGAGCUUGGAGGAACGAUGGGGAAGGGCCGGGCACCGUGCUGCGCCAAGGUUGGGCUGAACAAGGGCUCCUGGACGCCGGAGGAGGACAUGCGCCUCAUCGCCUACAUUCAGAAGUACGGCCAUGCCAACUGGCGCGCCCUGCCCAAGCAAGCAGGUCUGCUGCGGUGCGGGAAGAGCUGCCGGCUGCGGUGGAUCAACUACCUCCGGCCGGACCUCAAGCGCGGCAACUUCACCGCCGAGGAGGAGGAGACCAUCAUCAAGCUGCACGGCCUGCUCGGCAACAAGUGGUCCAAGAUCGCGGCGUGCCUGCCGGGCCGGACGGACAACGAGAUCAAGAACGUCUGGAACACGCACCUGAAGAAGCGGGUGUCGCCGGGCGCGGAGGAGCGCGGCGGCGCCGCCGGUUCCAAGAAGAAGAAGAAAGCCGCCGGCGCUGGGGUGCCGGCGGCGGCGGCCCCGUCGCCGUCGCCGUCCUCUUCCACGACGACGGCGACGACCAACUGCUCCAGCGGCGACUCCGGGGAGCAGCAGAGCAAGGCGAGCAAGGACGAGCCCGGCGACGAGCUGGGCCUGGAGAAGCUCGAGAUAAUCCCCAUGCUCGACGACCCCGCCUGCUUCGGCUUCGACAUGCUGGUGGACCAGAUUCCGGAUCCGUACUGCCCGGACGUAUCCGUGCCCACGUCGCCCUGCGCCUCGUCCACGUCCCCGCCGGCGCCCGCCCGGCCCAGCGUGGACGAGCUGCUCGACCUGCCGGAGAUCGACAUCGACCACGAGCUGUGGAGCAUCAUCGACGGCGUCGGCGGCGACGGCGCUGGAGCUGGCGCCGUCGCGGCCGGGACUGCACCGGCGCCGUGCCAGAGCAAUGCAACGGAGCCGAACGCCGCCGCCAGCACGACCAGCCACGGGACGGAGUGGUGGUUGGAGGACCUGGAGAAGGAGCUGGGCCUGUGGGGGCCCAUGGAGGACUACCAGUACCCGAUGGGCCCACAGUGUCCAGUCGCCCACCCGGACCCACUCCCUGCCAUGGUGGACGACCCUGUGUCGUGCUACUUCCAAGCGGGCCCCGCCCCGGCCAUGCUCCACGAACCCGGUUACUCUUCUGUUGUUACAAGUAGUAACCAGAUGGGGUAUUGAGAUGUUAUCCUCGUCCUUUUCUGAUUUUAGAUAGAAAAAAUCCUCAGCCUGAUCGUACGGCCACGAUCACUACCAGCAUUAUACUUGUAUAAUUGUACAAGUGCAUGGCUCAAGACGAGCACAAAUUCAACACGAAUACGUCGAUGGAAUCAUCAUCGGCGUAAUAGUAAAAAGGGAGAUCAGUUAGGCUAGUGUGCACAUACAAAAAGAGCCAAAGGGAUACUGUUUUUGGGCAGGCAGGCAGUGUUCGGCAAUGCAGUCAUAGAUUCACAAAAGGAGUCAAGAUUGCCGGUACUCACUGAGUUAACCUGAAAUGUAACUUACCUUCAUUUGCCAGUUGGUAUAUACACACUAUAAAACAAUGACUCUUAAGUACUGAGUACUUUGUUA